UGUUUGGAUGCAACAACGAUCGGUUCGGGGAAUUGAAUUGUGUAACGCAUUUGAUGCAAUGAUUUGUUGAAGAUAAGAAAGAUUUGUGAAAAUAAAAAGUUAGGGAAAUUGUAACGGUUUCAGCAGAACUCCAAUUUCGGUGAACCUUAUAAUUAUGGUGCAAACUGAUAGAAGUAGUAGAUUAUAAACCAUCGGUGUGUACGCUCAUCAGUGUGUAAAGAGUUUCAACAAAAACAAAAUGUUGUUAUUGUAACCAAAAAUAGAAUCAUUCACCAAAAAUAUUCAAAUUAAUUGAACAGCCCCAAUCAGGUACCUAAACCAAAAAUUAAAGUGAAAAAAAAAGAAAAGUUUUCGGGUGCCUAGCACUGUUAGCAUGUAACACAAAAUUGGUUGGAAAUCGAAAUGCUUCCAGCUAUGAUGCAAAGUGAUCUUUUAAGUAAUUUUACUAGUACAGAAGAUGUGAUAUCAUUGAUUUACAAGAAUGUGAGCGAAACAACCGAAAUACCACCGCCUUUCCACCGGUGUGAUAUUGACGAGAGAAAUGAUAAUUUCAAUUGCACUGCAGAGGAAUAUCUGCGGUUCUAUCGGGGACCACAAACUCUGCCGCUUAUUAUUGUAUUGCCAGUUACCAUACUGUACGUGGGUGUCUUCAUAGCUGGUAUUGUAGGAAAUGUAAUUGUCUGUGUGGUUAUAAUAAGGCAUUCGUCAAUGCAUACCGCAACGAAUUAUUAUUUAUUUAGUUUAGCUGUAUCAGAUCUUAUCUAUUUAAUGUUUGGUCUUCCAUAUGAUUUAAGUCUAUUUUGGUAUCAAUAUCCAUUUUCACUGGGAUUAGCAUUCUGCAAGCUGAGAGCAUUGAUAUCGGAAGCCUCUACAUAUGUGUCGGUGCUGACUAUAGUCGCAUUUUCAAUGGAAAGGUUUCUAGCCAUAUGCCAUCCACUUCACUUAUACGCAAUGAGUGGUUUCAAACGAGCUGUUCGAAUUAUUGCCGCAUUAUGGGUGAUCAGUUUUUUGAGUGCUGUGCCUUUCGGGGUGUAUAGUAAAAUCGACUACAUAUACUAUCCGCCAGAUGGCAGAAAAAUAUUGGAUUCGGCUUUCUGUGCCAUGCUCUCAAAUCCACCCGGAUUUCCACUGUGGGAAGUGUCAUCACUGGUAUUCUUUGCCAUACCAAUGGCCGUUAUGAUAAUACUGUAUGGCCGGAUGGGUCUUCAAAUCAGAUUUCGAUCAAAGCAUACAUCAGUUUUGGGUGUUCAACAAGGAUCGCAGCAUGGCGAGUCUAAACAAUCACAGGCUAGGAAAGCUAUAAUUAGAAUGUUGGCUGCUGUUGUAAUCACCUUUUUUGUCAGCUGGGCACCGUUUCACGCACAACGACUUAUGUUUCUCUACGCAAAAGACUGGCCUGAAUACGAAACUCUGAACACGUGGCUAUUCUCCGUUGCCGGACUAUUUUAUUAUUUUUCGUGCACAAUAAAUCCAAUAUUGUACAACGUUAUGUCCCAUCGCUAUCGAGUUGCAUUCAAGGAAACACUGUGCGGAAAACGUCAUGGAUACCACAAAUCCAAUGGCUUUUCACGCGAGGCACAAUCUAGCGUACGCGAAACUAUGAUUUCCAGCACUAGUGGCUACGACCCGCAUUUGGUACGCAUGAGAUCAACCAGGCAGUCAAGGAUAAAGGAUCGUGACGGGAAUGUUAACAGUACAUGGACUAAAACGUCGUUGCUGAAGGAUAAUAUUGAAGAAGAAACCAGUCCAACGAGCGAUGGACCGACAACUGAUGUAGUAGUUGUCAUCCGAAAUACAGGUAACGGUCAGCCUAAAUGUUUUACAUCGAAUCAAAUUCCCAGCAAUAAUGCCGAUUCGUCGCUAGCAAAAGAUGAAACGUGUAUUUGAAAUGGAAAAAUUUUAAUAAAUGAAUCCGCCACAUAAACAUCAUUUUAAAGUUUAAAAACAUAAAUUAACCUUCUAAACGACAUAAAACUAAACAUAAAAAAUAAAAUCUUUUGUGUAACAAAUUUCCGUCUAUAAACUUACAAAAAAAUUAUAAAUGUUUCCUUCGUAGUAAUCGAUGAAAAUCAAUAAUACCUACCAUAGCACUUCCUAGCCACGACACAAUAUUUAUAGAGACCAUUUUAGAGUUGCACUUUGAACACUAUUUGCCGAUUUGCACUCUACUCUAUGAAAUCAAUUUGUACCGUUACUAGAGAGUACUAUGUACAAAAAAUAAAAAAAUAAAUGAAAGAACAAGACAUGCUGUAACUUUUGCUUAUGAAAUUGGAAAAAAAAUCUGUCAAACUGUCAAACGUGUUAUAACCAGUAAACCCAUUUUAUAUAGUGAAAAUGUUACUAAAUUAAUGUCAGAAAAUAAAUUCACAUUUAAA